AAAGAAAUACACACACACACACAAACAAACACAAUACUUGUGAAUGUGUGUGUGUGUGGAAGGCUGUUUGUGUGCAUGAUGGUUGUAAGUUUCCUCAAUGGAUGUUCACUGCGAGUGAGCUCGACCAGCAAGUGCCGAAUCCGGCAACAGGGCUCGAGGGAUUCGGAAUCGGAAACUGCAGAAUGUGGGUGCACAGCAUGCGCAUGAGCACAAGCACAGAUGCAGAUGUAGUAGAUUCAGCAGGAGUGGCACAGGAGGACAUGAGGGCUUGCUGCGAGGAAAGCUCUUCACAGCGAUGGUGCACCUCAGCACCAUUCUGGGUUUUUGCUGGUAUUUAGAGCAUCUUACUGAGGAGUCAUUGAUGUUGAGAGCCUCGCCUGGUCGCGAGCAGCAGUGCGGUGCAUCGAGUCAUCCCGGUGGGAGGUGCUUGGAGCCGAAGAGAACUCGUCGUCAGAAAUUCCGAGACCAAGGAGGUCCUUCUCGAGACUCGUUGCAACGGUCGCAGAUUGUCGCCCUCCUGCGACGAAUUCCGGCGCUACACUUUGACCGUGAACUUGUGAGCUUGCGCAACCAUGCGGAGCUCCAGCAAUUCGUUUAUCGUGAUUGCCGUGGAGUGGCACGGCAUGAUGAGAGGUGUAGUGAAGAUGAGCUCUCCGGGGAGCUUCCUCCUGACGUGAUGUGGCCUUUUUCUGCCGUUUCAGAGCUUGGAGAGAAGGGGAUUUUUAGGGUGGAUUGGAGUGUCAUUCCUGCUACUGCAGACCCGUUUCGAGGAUUUGGGUAUAAGGCACCAGCUCUCACCACCCGGAAAAUCUUGCGAAGAGAGGGUGGGGGACAUCGUUGCGGCGGGGGCCAUUACGACGAUACUGGGGAGGGAGAGAAGGAUAGGUUAGGUCGCGGAGCGCGGAAAAGGUCUCAAGUGGAGAGCAUUGCAACAGCCCUGAAGUUCCUGAACCUUUCUCCAGGUUCUGUCGUGGUGGAUUUUGGGAGUGGUUCAGGUGCUCUCUCGCUUCCGUUGGCUUGUCUUUUCAAGGAACUCACCUUCAUAUGCGUGGACUACAAACUAGAAAGCUUAAGACUGCUUGCCAUGCGAGCACAAGCAGCAAAACUGGCUAAUCUUACUACAUGGCAGGGUCGGAUUGAAGACUACAUGGAGCCAUUCGACGCUUGUGUGGCGCUUCAUGCUUGCGGGCAUGCUACUGAUCUUGCUCUCAUGCAAGCUCUGAGGUGGCGAGCAGGUUACGUCGCUUCUCCUUGCUGUGUUGGGAAACUUCAAUUUGCAGUUGCAUCGUCUUCAUUCACUGGAAUUGUUGACGAAGUAGAGAAGCCCGAGUGUAGUGGUGAGGAGAUUGUGGGGUCAUUUUCAAAGCCACUGUCUCCCAAACAAUUAGAGCACUGUUUGACAUACCCCAGGUCUAACUGGCUACGAUCAGUGAUCACAACCGAGGACUUUCUACUUCUGGCACGAACGGCGGAUUGGAGUAGCUACGAUUAUGACAGUUGGACUAGCCGAUUGCACUCUAUGUGUAAAAUAAUGGUAGAGCUCGAUAGGAACUUAGCCUCACAAGAUCUUGGCUACAGGACUAGCCUUCUUGCUUUAGCUGAUCAGAAAGCUGGUGCCAUUGGAGUGAGCCACAUCCUUGUAGGCAAGCCUUCAAUGAAGGCUCACUAGCUCCGAGCAACGUUCACUUUUCCUUUCAUCUCUUCAAGUCCUGAAUCACAUGUAUCUGUUCUCCUUUUGUAUCACAGUUGGUGUGGUGCAGGAAAAGGUAGCCGGCCAGGAUUGAGGACCAUUGAUGACGUUUUUCUAACGAUUGUUUACUUUAUAUUCCGACUACAAAAUUGUUAGUCACCUACACUGUG